AGCUCGUGUUCUUGUCCUUGGAGCCCAUUCUGGUGCAUGCUGUCACACAGAAAUGGCUGAGGAAUAUCAGAGCCGGCUACAGAAUGGGGUGGAUGCUAUGGUGAAGAGCCUGGAGAGGGAGAAUAUACGGAAAAUGCAGGUGAAGAUGUUCCGGUGUAGUGCGCAGUGCUGUGAUAAUGAAAAGGCCUCCAUGCAGCAUGUACACGCCUGCAUUGAACGCUGCCAUGCCCCCCUUGCACAAGCUCAGAGUCUGGUCACCAGCGAGCUGGAGAGGUUUCAGAAUCGCCUGGGCCGCUGUACAAUGCACUGCAACGACAAAGCAAAGGAUUCCCUUGAUUCUGGAAGUAAAGAAUUACAAGCAAGAGCUCAGUUGGAGGGCUGCGUGAUAAAGUGUGCAGAAGAUCACAUGAACCUCAUCCCUAGUAUGACCAAGAAGCUAAAGGAUGCUUUGGUUGAGGCCGACAAAAAGACCACGGAAUGAUGUGAUGAAACGUGACCCUUGCUGUGUUCUGUAGCAGGCUCUGGGCCUCAGCGUUGACCCGGCCGAUGAGUUCAGACAAAAUGACACGGGCUGUUACAGUCUUUGCUUUAGGAGAAUGUGUGCAGUUCAGAGUCCAUCAGUGAUGUCUCAUGGUCUGCCUCCAUUUGGCAAAUCCCAAAUUAUAUUUCCUUUUUUUUUUUUUUAUCUCCAAUGGUAGAAUAUAUAAAAUUUAGGGAGUCAUUUAUGGUGAAAAAGUGCACAGACAUUACGGCUGCAGCAGACGUCAUGUUGACUGUGAUGGCAGUGAGGUCUUACGUAGGUCACAAUGGAAGAUCCUUCUGCUUUUAUCAUUUAUGUAAGAAAAGAAAACUGAAUCUUUCCAGUCCAAUUCAUUGAUGAUUGAUCUUUAUUUUAAUCCUUUCUACCAUUACCAGCUGUCAUCUGAGAAAUAUAGCACAUUUUGAAUGAC